AGCUCACCACACCGGCCCGGGAGGGUGAAGAGCGCGCAAGCACCAGUCUGAGAAGGAGCUGCGCCGUGAGAGGGAGCACAUUUGAGGCACAGACACAGCUUAGUGGCCCCACACCUGUCCUGCCUAAUCCAUGCAAAGAAGGUCUGUGUCUCCACCCUGAUGACAGCAAUCUGAACACUUCAAGAAUCUGAAAAUUAAGAGACAUUCUGCGGCCUCUGGUUUGUGGAGCGGAGCAGAGACCUACUUCUUUAUAGACCGUGACCACAGCACCCAGGUUGAGUCCAGGCAGAGUCCAGUGGAAGCAACAGAAAUGCUGGGAAGCGACCUGUGAUCUCAAACUUGUGAUCUUCCUGCCUUAGUUUCCCAGAGUGCUAGGAUUGUAGCAGUUCUAGUGUCUCACUGCUCUGAAACAUUGCCAAUUGCAUCUUGUUGAGAGUGGUCCUCACAGUGGUGAUGUGGGGGAUCCGAAAACCACCUAGGGGCGUGUAGUUCGGCAAUCCACUGGGAAUCAGCGCAUUUCCUGAGCUCACUCCCAGCUGUCCUGUCACUGUCGUUGGUGAACUGGCACAGCAGAACCAUCCACUCCCUUUCUCCGCCAGGCCUGCAUCUUCAGCUCAGAGCAGAGAUCACCAUGGAUGAGAAGCCAAUGAAUUCCAACAAUAGUGAGUAUUUCAUGGAUUACUCCGAGUCAGUUACUGCUAUGUAUUACACACCUGACGAAGGUGACUUACUGUGCUCCUUGGAGGAGGUCAGACAGUUCUCCAGGAUGUUCGUGCCAAUCGCAUACUCCUUGAUCUGUGUCUUUGGCCUCCUGGGUAAUAUUCUUGUGGUGAUCACCUUUGCCUUUUAUAAAAAGGCCAAGUCUAUGACGGAUGUCUAUCUCUUCAACAUGGCCAUCGCAGAUAUACUUUUUGUCCUUACUCUACCAUUCUGGGCAGUGACUCAUGCCACUGGUGCAUGGACUUUCAGCAAUGCCCUGUGCAAGCUGAUGAAAGGUAUCUAUGCUGUCAACUUCAACUGCGGUAUGCUGCUCUUGGCCUGUAUCAGCAUGGACCGGUACAUUGCCAUUGUACAGGCAACCAAAUCUUUCUGGUUCCGGUCCAGGACUCUGGCACACAGCACAAUAAUCUGCCUUCUGGUGUGGGUGUUGUCACUGAUCAUCUCCAGCCCAACAUUUGUCUUCAACCAGAAAUAUAAUACGCAAGGCAGCAAGACCUAUAUCUGCGAGCCCAAGUAUGCCGGAGAAUCAGACCCUAUCGUGUGGAAGCUGCUGGUGCUGGGGCUGCAACUGCUGUUCGGAUUCUUUAUCCCACUGGUGUUUAUGGUGUUCUGCUACACAUUCAUUGUCAAGACCUUAGUGCAGGCUCAGAAUUCUAAAAGGCACAGAGCCAUCCGCGUGGUGAUAGCAGUGGUCCUUGUUUUCUUGACUUGCCAGAUUCCUCAUAACAUAAUCCUUCUGAUGACUGCUGCAAACCUGGGCAGAAUAAACCGAAUGUGCAGCACUGAAAAGCUCAUGGCAUACACCAAAAAUGUCACGGAAGUCCUGGCCUUCCUCCACUGCUGCCUCAACCCCGUGCUCUACGCAUUUAUUGGUCAGAGGUUUAGAAACUACUUCCUGAAGAUCAUGAAGGAUGUGUGGUGUGUGAGAAGAAAGCACAAGACACUGAGCUUGCCCUGUGCCAGGGUGAACUCAGAAGCCUUCGUUUCCAGGCAGACCAGCGAGACCAUAGGCAAUGACAAUGCUUCAUCUUUCACUAUGUGAUGAGGACAUGCAAAUCAAAUGUCCUUAAAGGCUUUGUGAAACUUGCUAAUUGAGGAAUAACACACACACACACACACACACACACACACACGCACACCCCUCCAUCGCCAAAUAUACAAAUAUGGAAAUAGACAAAAUUAAAAAGUGCCUCUGUCAGAUCAGAGGAUUCCUGUUCCCCAGACAUGAAAAUCUCUGCAUGGGGUGGUGGAAGGUGGGAGGUGGGUGGGUUCUGAAAGCAGCUUUCCUUAAAUCUGCUUGAGAAGAAACUGGUUUUAGAGCCUCACAGGGCUGCCUUUCCACAAAACAGGUUGUGGGAAAUGCUAAAUUAAAAUGAAUUGUUUAUGUAUGUAAAAGUUUUUAGAAAUAUUUGUGAUGUGGUCAUAGACCACAAAAUCUCCUGGUUAUAGGAGAAGAAAGACAGAGUUUAAAAAAGGAACCCAGAAGCCCUCCUGUAACUCACUUUAGGCAAACCUUUAACCAUUUUGCUAUGGAAGUGUUUACUGCUGCUGAUUGUGAGCAUCAAUAAUUGUCAUCUGACUUCCUUCUGAUAUACUCAGCAAGCACCAGGUUGUCAGAAGGCGGAAGUCAGAGAAGCUUCAUUGUCUCCAACUGGAAAAGCAAGUGGGGCACAGACGUCAGUGACACCCAUCCCCAGGGCUAGGGCAUCUCAGGUUGUAACAGGGGCCAAGCUUACUCUUGUCCCUCUGUGACUAGACUGUCCUCGAAAUGCCCCUGAGGCAGGGCUCCUUGAAGACAGGCUCUGCUGCAGUCCUGUUCCUAGCUGUGCUUCCCAACCUUGGUAGAGUUUUUAGCACAAAAUAGGGGCUUAGUAGACAUUUUUUCAAUGCAUCAUGAUGAAAUUGGAGUUUAUUACGCAGUUUGAGGUGUUACAUUUAUUUAUAUAAAUAGGGUAAUUGUUUUAUUAGAAAGCAGAAGGACACUUUACUGAGACAAUGUAGAAAGAAUUUGUUUUUUGUUUCCAUGCUGGGCUUGAAGAAGGAUACGUGGCUGAUGAUUCUGUUUAUAAAGAGUUAGAACUAGCUAGCACACAGCUGGAAGUGUAUCAGCCUCCAAGAAGGAUUUUAAUGUGAUUUUACCCAAAGUCUGAGGCUAGCAAUGGAGUCCAACUGAACAAUUCUCAUCAACUUUGAAAGCUCUAGAACUCUCAUUUUUAAAGUGCUAUCUAUGUAAAUAUAUGAAUAUAAGUGGAAAGUAUAAAGUGAAUUAUAAAAAUACAAACAUACAUUAGAAAGGCAGUGACAUGAAUCAGAAAAAUACUGACAAUGUUAAUUCUGACAAAUGUGGUAUUUGAAACUUGAUAUGGUUUUUGUAAGCUUUAACUCUCUCUAUAAAGUGAAGACUUGUGUCUUCAGGUACAAAAUCUAUAUUUUGAAGCGUUGUUUUGGCUUUGCAAAAAUAAAACUGCAUGCUUGCAUGAA